UUUACCUGUCACGGGAGGACAACCAGCAGCUUGUGAGUGAGGGGCACUGAGGAGGUGGAGGGUGGGUGAGGGGCGAGGCACCUCACCUACCCGAGACGGGUACCACGGUAGUGAGCGAGAGUGAAAGUAACGCCGGCCCAACAUUAUAAUGGCGACCCCAUGUUGCCUGGCCGACACUCUGCUCGCAACACACCACCAGAAUGAGAUUGUUUGCGAGAAGCAAGAUGGUGGUGGUGAGGACGGUGGCGGCGGCGGCGGCGCUGGUGGUGAUGGCGGGCGGGGCGCCGGUGCCCGCGCCCCCAACAGAAGACAACCUGGUGGAGAUACACGAGGAGGGCCUCAUGGUCCUGGUGCCCACGCUCCCCAUCGCCAGCGCGGAGAAGAAUGGCAAUAGCCUCAAGAGAGAGGUAGAGUACGAGAUCAUUACCAUCCCAAAGGAGUUGCUGAAGAGGGAGAUCCGCCAGAUCUCGCAGCUCUACGGCGCACCAAGUGACUCGUCGGAAGGGAGCCCCACUUUCAUCGUAGACGACGGCUCCCUUGGCAGCUAUGGCGAUGAGAUCAUUCCAUCACCGGCUCCACUACCAACCGUCUCCUACGGUGCGCCGCAAAUUACCGUGACAAAGUCGAUAGCGUCGCUGCCAGCGAAGCCGGCCAUUACCCUGCCCCUGCCGGACAUCUCCGUCAGUGCUAACCUGGGCCAGGUGUUGGCAGGAGCGUCGAGCCUGGCUGGAGGCGUCACCCAGACACUCACCACCGUGGGGAAGGGGGCGUCGCAGGUGUUGGCUCAGGUGGUUCCUGCUGCGGCCGCUGGAGGAGUCCAAGCUGCCAGGUGGCUUGCUGAGAACAAAGCUGAAGGCGUCAGAGCAGCAACCCAGGGUCUACAAUAUGCUGGCCAGCUCAGUGCUGCUGUCCUUAGAGUUCUUCUACAGGUGCCCAGCAUAAAGGCUCGUGUACUGUCGGAAGUUAUCCGCGCCAGUCAGCCUCUCACAUAUGCCAUCAGCGACGUCCUGGCAGAAUCUGCGGAUGAUUUUGGUGAUAUUUUUGAGGCCAAGAAUGAUAUUCUGAAGGAUGCCUUAGAAAUCUUCAUCCGGUUAAUACAGGAUACACUUGCCCUCAAGGGACGCAUCAUUGCUAAGCUUGGCGCUUCUGGAUUGGAUGUCGGGGCCACUGCAUUUAACGCUGGUGUGAGAGUUGGGGGUGCAUUUGUGGAGACGGCAGGAGGUAUUGCAACUGCCUUGGGCACGGGAGUUGGGGAUCUGGUACGAGUGGCAACUACUGCAAACUUCCCUGCACCACCUCCCAUCACUCUGCCCCAGCUGCCUUCCCUUCCCAAAAUUAUUCUCCCUACACUGGACCUAUCGGUUCUGGCCCCUCAGGCAACUCUGGCGCCAUUACCUCUACCUUCUAAACCUGCCACUGCACCUGUUUCUAUCAAAUCUCUGUAUAACCCACCAACUGAGAUCAAACUACCAUCUCAAUUAUAUGGAGCACCAGGCCGUUAAGUUUCCGUCUUUUGGACUUAGCCACCUUGUUAAGUUGCCAUUUUAGACUUAUCUAGUUUUACUACACACCUUUGUAAAUUUAUUGUCACUUCCUUAAUUUAAAAUAGUAAAUUAUUUAAAAUUUAUUAACUAUUGGCAUUUCCCUAAGUUUAUUUUCUGGUUAGAUCACCCAAGUUUUGAUGUAUCUGCCAAUAGUUUGUCAUUAUGUUACUCGUUCACAUAGUAGCCUGAAGUUGCCUCUCAAAAUUAAAGGUCAAUGUGUUCCCGUUCCUUCAUAUAUAUAAAAGGUUGUUAUUUUGUUAUAUUUUCCCCAUUGCUAGUGGUAUCCCAAGUGUAGGCAGAAUUGUCCCACCUGCUAUUACAAGGUAACUUUUCUUAUAAAAGACACAACAUUUAGGAGCUUGUCUAUGCUGCAACCAGUCAUUGUAAUAAUAUUAUAGGCAGUCUAGUUUAUAUUCUAAUGUUAGUGUUAUAGAUAACCUUGCUUAUGAUUCUUGCAUUAAACAGGUGAAGCAGUCUUGUCAUACUAGAAUAAAAAAUAGUGUUAAAUGUAAUGAGAUGCAAUUUACUGAGCGAGUCCCAGAGGCUUCCUGAAACUAUUCAAACUUAUAAGUGCUAUAUUAGUUUGGGGUCAUCAGUCACAGGAUUUCUUAUGCCUAUCAGGAACCACAAGCCGGAACCUGGUCCCAUCAGAGAGGCGCAGGGAGCAAUGGCCUAUGAACACUUUAGAUUUAAAGUAUGUAUGUCAUAAUUAUCAACCGAGGAAGGGCCUAGAAGGGCAGGCGAAUCAAAACAGAGCACUGUCUGGGUAACCUAUGGAAUCUAUAUCCCAAAAGAUCAAAAUAACUCCCCUAGAAAGAAACCAAACAAGCAACCCUUCAUGCGACUAGCACUUCCGCUCGUUAGCACUACGACUCUGGGUGGAUAGGGUCCACCCAGGACCCUAUUUGACCUCUAAAAGCCCUGCGCCCAAAUGUCUACCCAAGACAUGUUGCCAAAAACCUCUGCGACAGCAGCAUACUCCAAAACAUCAUGGGCACGAGGAUAGACUGCAGGCUAGCUGGACUUGAUGACACCGCAGACAAGCUGAGACACAAAAGCUCUGAAACAGGAAACCAGGGAAACCAGAUCCACCCAAAGUGUGUCCACCGUCACAGAACCAGUGGCCCGCAGGUAGCGGCGUAAAGCCGCCACCGGACACAACACGUGUUGCACCCCAAGCCUAACCAACCAAGCAUCCACAAACAAUGGACCCCCUCCGAAAGCCUCAUUCUUCGCUAGAAAAGAUGAAGGCUGCAAACGAACAAAACGACCACCUAAACCAAACGAACAGAACCCCCGGCGUCAGAGAGCACGAGGCUCCCCAACCCGACCCCCCCAAACGCCAAGAACAUCCAAAAGCAAUCCCUAACCAAAGGGACCACAGCAAAGCGAGUUGAAGAAAGAAAAUAAAUUUCAUGCCCUAAAGACCAAGAAGACUCGGGCAGCGUAUGAGCAGGCCGGAGGUGAAAAAAAAUUCACGUGAAAGCUUGCAGAAUGGAGCUGAAGCAACAUCCACCUCCCCGGACAUAAGCUGGAAUGGAUCCGCCAACGCUGCGCUAUAAGAAGCGACAGUACUAGGCAUGAGAUGCCGAUCUAGAAAAAGCCAAGAGAGGAAGCACAAAACAACCUGGUCCAAAAUUGACGAAAACCUUUGAAGAGAAAGAGAUGGAAAGACUGCCAAGAAAUUUCAUUCUGUCACUGGGAAGAAUACUACAGGUGGGACACCAUCAAAGCCACCUGAUCACCAUAUAAAUGGCAACACACACACACAUUAAAAAGACCCGAUUCGUAAUGCAGAGCAGUAAGGUGAACCAGGGAGGUACCUCACUGGCCCGACCUGCUGAAGGAGGCGGAGCCACCACCUGGGUUUGGACACUGAGCAAGCAGCACCUGAAACCAAGGCUGGGCUGGCCACCAUGGAGCCAGGAGAACCACUCACCCCUGAUAUGAAUCCAGCCGAGCAAGAACCCAGAGCAACAGCUUGACCAGGGGAAAGGGGUACGGGAACCCCCACUUCAACCUCUCGCAAGUCAAGCCUGGCCUCAAGCCGGGCUUGGUGAGUAGAACAUCUUCCAGAACCCCAUCAAGCGGGUAUCAAACAGGUACCAGUCCUGCUGAAAAGCGUCUUCCGCGAAGGUCUUGCAGUCGGAGAAUGGUGCCAGCCCUACCAGCCCAUGGGGGGAGGUGGGGGGGGAGGGAGUCCUACCUACUGCGUUUGCCAGGGGAUAAGAUGCAUAACAUUAAUUAUUUAUUUAUUGUUUAAUAAAAAUGAGCCCCACAGCUAAAGUGGCCGUAAUACGGACAAGAUUCUGAGGGUCGUAGGUUGCACAGGUUAACUAGACAGUGGUCUGUUUUGAUUCUCCUAUCUUUCCCCGAUGGAUGGCAAUUCUGACAUACUUUAAUUGUAAAGUGCUCGUAGGCCAUUGCUCCCUGCACCUCUCUGAGGGGGGCCAAGUUCUGACUCGUUGUCCCUGGGUAGGUAUAAAAACUCCUGACUAAUGACCCCAAACUAAUAUAGCACAUAUCAGUUCAGAUAGCUUCAGGGAGCCGAUGGGGCUCCCCACAGAAAAGUUAACAAAUUAGAGAUGAUACCCCUUGACCGGUUAUUGUUUGGCUUAUGUAAAUUAUUUCACUCUCGAAAGACAUUUUGCUUACUAACAUUUCUCCUUAUGUUUUGAGUAACUGGAGGCCAAUGUUCUAGGCUUUAGUCUAAUAUAUGGCCUUACACAUUCAAAUAUUAAACGUGACACUCUGAGCAGGUGAAUCCACUUAGAUUUACUAGCAACUAUACUGCUACCUCUUCGAUGAAGGAACCAAAUAUCAAUAUGCACAUAAGCAGCACCAAAUUAGCAACUUAAAUCCAUUAGAAAAUUAUUAGACUAUAGAUAAUCCAAAAACUUAUUUUGUACUUGGAAAUCUUAAAUCUAAUUUUAGAAAUUGUAGCAUUAUAUUCAACUUACCUGAAGAUUAAUAUUUUGUUAAAUUAACCAAUUUAAUUUAUUAUAUGGUCAUAAUGCAGAGAGUUUAGCAUAUUGUUCUGUCAUUGGCAAUGCAAACUUUAUCUAAUGGUUCUAUUGCCUCCAAAACUGGAAUUAUACAUCCUCUUAUUUUAGUGAUCUAAUUCUUAGUUGAUGUGUUCUUAAUGUCCGUAAUGUGUAAAAUAUAUUUUUGUGUACAUGGCUUUUAUAUAUUAUAUAUAUAAAUGUAUAUAUAUAUACUGUAUAUAUAUAUAAUAUAUAUAUAUAUAUAAUAUAUAUAAUAUUUUUAUUUAAUGUUGUUCCUGAUCUGUUAUCAAGACACUGAAUAGUUCUCUACUUGAUCAUAGUUUUUUAUGUUAACUUGUCAUAAAUGUUAUAAUUUUA